AUGUGGGUAGAGGAUGGAAGCGUGGUGGUCGUGGCUCCGGACGACAUCAUGGACAUUGGCAGGAGAGGAACUUCAAGGGACCCAGUCACUGGGAUAAUUCUGGAAAUGCUGGUCACCAUGGAGGAGGACAUAGAUGAGUUUUAUGUCCACUAUGUUGGAUUUAACAGACGUUUAGAUGAGUGGGUUGGAAAGGCUCGUUUGGCCCUGACAAAGACUGUGAAAGACGCCGUGAGAAAGAGUGUGGAGGAAGGUGGUGGUGGUGGUGGAGGUGAACUUGUGGACCAGCCAGAGAGGAAGAUCACCCGAAACCAGAAGCGUAAACAUGACGAGAUCAACCAUGUGCAGAAGACUUAUGCAGAGAUGGACCCCACUACGGCAGCCCUGGAGAAAGAACAUGAGGCGAUCACAAAAGUAAAAUAUGUGGACAAGAUCCAGAUUGGGAACUUUGAGAUUGAUGCAUGGUACUUCUCUCCAUUCCCUGAGGACUAUGGAAAACAGCCCAAGCUUUGGAUCUGUGAAUACUGCCUGAAGUAUAUGAAGUAUGAGAAGACUUUCAGAUACCACCUGUCGCAGUGUCAGUGGCGUCAGCCUCCAGGCAAAGAGAUUUAUCGCAGAAACAAUAUCUCAGUGUACGAGGUUGAUGGGAAGGACCAUAAGAUCUAUUGUCAGAAUCUGUGUCUCCUGGCAAAGCUUUUUCUGGAUCAUAAAACACUUUACUUUGAUGUAGAGCCAUUCAUCUUCUACAUCCUCACUGAAGUCAACAAACAGGGAGCACAUAUUGUGGGCUACUUCUCUAAGGAGAAGGAGUCUCCAGAUGGGAACAAUGUCGCUUGUAUUCUCACUCUUCCUCCAUACCAGCGAAGAGGAUAUGGAAAAUUUCUAAUUGCAUUCAGUUAUGAGUUAUCUAAGCUGGAGAGUACGGUGGGGUCUCCAGAGAAGCCUCUGUCAGACUUGGGGAAGUUGAGUUACAGGAGUUACUGGUCUUGGGUACUACUAGAGAUUUUGCGAGACUUCAGAGGGACCCUGUCCAUCAAAGACCUCAGCCAGAUGACAAGCAUUACUCAGAGUGACAUCAUCAGCACACUACAGUCUCUGAACAUGGUCAAGUACUGGAAAGGUCAACAUGUCAUCUGUGUCACACCAAAACUUGUAGAGGAACAUCUCAAAAGUGCCCAGUACAAGAAACCACCAAUAACAGUGGACACGCAUUGUUUGAAAUGGGCACCUCCCAAACACAAGCAGGCCAAGUUCUCUAAAAAAUGAGGCCAAUCAUAAACAAAGAGAGUGAAACCAGCCCUUCACCCCAGAUGUUUUUCACAGCUAACCUAAAUGUCAUGUAGAAAUACUUUCUCCAAGAGGGAAAGGUCUAAGAUUGUACAUUUGCAUUGUAAUGAGUCUGUUAUUUUUUUUUUAAAUAAAUGAAUAGUAAUAUUCAUGUCUCUGUUUGUGAGUCAUCUUUAUUUAAAGUCAACCUUUUAGUGCAUCAGUAAUAUGGUACUUCAGUUCUGUGUUCUGUGAGGUAGUUUAAUAUUUAUACCAGACUCACCUUCUAUGUUCACAUGGCUUUUGGAAGAAAAAAACUUAUACAUUAUGCUGAGUUAUUCAUUAGGCAGUAUAGAAUUACCUAUUGCACAUGCAGCACCUGU